AUGAAUCUCUUACAAUUAAUCACUUUGAUAUGUAUUAUUUUUCAUAUAGACUAAGUCAUCUAAUAAUAAUCUUAUGGCUACAACAUUGCUAGUUGUUUGGCAUUCAUAGACAAAUUCUCUAAUACCUGCGAUCCAACUUUGCCUCCUGCUACAGAUUUUGAUUAGAUGGACUUUGAAGAAAUGUAGUGCUCGAGGCCUGGCCUGUGCCCAGACCUAGUAACAUUCAACAACUGCAAAUGGGAGAGAAUUUUAUGCGUUACAUGUAGAUAAGAAGGGGAUGAUAUAUUUGUGAGAGUUUAAACAAAUGGAAUGCCAGAUCAUUGUUAUGCUGAGGGAUAAUUCCCCCCACAGCCUAAAGUUAUAGACUUUGAAAUUAAAUGGAACUCAAACGAUGACACAAAGACUCUUGUGACAAAUGUUGCUUCAUAGAUAGAGGUUGAUAACAAACUUUGCAACAAUCAAACUUUCUUUGAUAACCAAAUACCUGCAAGCAGAGGAUUCCAAAUUUAUCAAGGAGAUGGAGACCUAAACUAUGCAAUUGGAGUAGGCCUUAAUGGAGUGCUCCUCUAUCCACCAAUCUCAAACGUAACAGGAUUUGAUCCAAUUUAUCCAAGAGGAAACACCUAAUAAAUUAUAAAUAGGACUGUUUCAAUAGAUAGAUGCUUAGGAACAACUUUCAAUGAAUCUUCCACCUAUCAUUAUCACACUGUAUCUUAUUGCUCUAUUCAAGAUACAAUCCCUGAUGCAUUAUAUCCUGAUUCUUGUAAGAAUAUUUAGUAAUGCAGAAUCGCCCCUCUGGACUACCACAUCAAUCAAUUUGUGCCUCAAAUAAGAAAGAAGUAUCCUAUUGGGAUUGCCAAAGAUGGAAAUAUCAUUUAUGGGCCUUACGAUGCGUCUGGUUAAUUGUGGGACUAAUCUACUUUGGAUGUUUGCAAUGGAAUAUUUGUUGACAAGUAGUAUGCAUAUGUAGCAACACCUAAUUUUCCUUAUUUAGUUGGUUGCUGGGGUCCAGGGUCUGUCAAGAAAGUCUCACCUUAAUGCACACGUAAUUACAAAUCCUCGACUAUCUAUUUAAAGUUAUUAAGUUCGGAAUUGAUUCUUCUGAUUAUGGCAAUCUUUUUAAUAUAUUGA